GUCCCGUUGAGAGUGGACACAUGUGCCACCAGCUCGUAUUGCAUCCAAUGGCCGACCCAAUCCCCUACGCCACCAUCGGAUCGAACUGGAUCACCGAUUCCUGGGUCAGUGCGGCCAGCAAGAGCGGAAAGUGGAAGCUCCAGGCAGUCUAUUCUCGCACGCAACAGCAGGCGCAGACAUUCGGAUCGAAGCAUGGCUGCUCCAACCUCUACACGUCCUUAGACGAGCUCGCCGCUGCCGGCGACCUCCAAGCUGUGUACAUCGCCUCCCCAAACAGCUUGCACUAUGAACAAGCCAAGCAGAUGCUGCUUGCCGGAAAGCAUGUCAUCCUCGAGAAGCCAGCGACCUCGACAAAAGCCGAACUCGACGAUUUGUUUCGGAUAGCGAAAGAAAAGGGAGUCUUCCUGCUCGAAGCUUUCAGACAUAUUCAAGAGGCGAACUUCAAGCUGCUACACCGGCUGAUCAAGCAAGAAAAGGCAUUGGGUCCCAUCUACGGCGCAAGUUUGGUGUACGCAUCGUACAGCAGUCGCUACGACAAUGUCCUUGCGGGGGAAGAGCCCAACAUCUUCUCUCUCAAUCUGUCUGGAGGCAGUUUGGUUGAUAUUGGUGUAUACCCGGUGAGCUUCGCAGUUGCGCUCUUCGGCGCGCCCAAGAGCCAAGUCUAUGUGCCUUUCAUCUGCAGGACUGGAGUAGACGGGGGAGGAGUGAUCAUCUUGCGAUAUGACGGAUUCGGAGUGCAGAUCAACAACUCCAAGAGCUACGCCAGCACAGCGCCUUGUGAAAUCUUUGGGGCAAAGGGCACUAUGAUCGUCAACGGCACCACGGAUAUCAGUUCGGUGAAACACUGGCAUCCCAAGACGAAGAAAAGUGAAGAACUUGCCGGUCCAUACAAGCAAGUGGAGAAGCCGAACGUCAAUAUGGAGGAGGAGGCGGUAGAAUUUGCUCGAAUCAUCAGGGAGAAGGAUACCAAUGCGUCCGUGCAGCUCGAGGAAAUCUCGAGGGUGGUGAUUGGAAUCACGGAGGAUUUGAGGCGGCAGAACGGCAUUCUGUAUCCAGCCGACAAGCAAUGAUGAUGGCUAGGCUGACAGCCACAUACGUGUGGAUGCGCCACGCAAGACCCUUGUGCGAUCGGCGUGUCAUGCGAUGCGAAUGUCUCACUCAUCAUGAUCGUGCUAGGAAAACCACUGGAUGCAACGGCAGUGGUGAAAUGCUCCGACUGGGGAUGACGUAGCAGCUUGCGCACCUCUGUUUACAUUGGAGGUAAACAACGCCAAGCUCCUUGUCGUCGCGGUAUACAUUCGAAAGCCUUGGGCGGGCUUAUGGUAGAAUUUUUGGCAGGGAAAAGAAAAGCAUCGUAUAGUCGAUACUCUCACGAGAUAUUUCAUGCCAUUCACCCCCAGUAUUGGGCGUUACUAGGCUCCCUGCGAAAACAACUCCACGCGCCCGUGCACGUGAUUACGCUCCUCCGAG